AUCCUAUCGGAUUUUGGGACCCGCUUGGCUUGAGCGCGGACAAGGAUGAGGCAACCUUCAAGCGCCGUCGUGCUGUGGAGAUCAAGCACGGCCGCAUUGCCAUGUAUGCAACCAUUGGUUACAUCGUUCCGGAAUACUACAAGUUCCCAGGAUACCUUUCACCAUCUCUUGGGCUUAAGUUUGCCGAUGUGCCAAAUGGCCUUGCAGCGUUGUCCAAGCUGCCAGUGCUUGGCGGUGCCCAGAUCAUUGCCUUCGCUGGUUUGAUUGAGACAACUGGGUUCUUCCAGGCAGCUUCCACCACGGAUGGACGCGGCCCUCGUGACGGUCAGUUCAGCAUGAAGGAUUCCACUGAGACAGGCGAGCCAGGCAACUACGGCGUCGGAUUUCCCACCUUUUUGGGCAAGGUUGAGGACCCUGAAGCGCGCAAGACCAAACUCGCUGCCGAGUUGGCCAAUGGACGACUUGCAAUGAUGGCGAUCAUUGGGAUGUUCUUCCAAGAUGGAUUGACCGGUUCUGCUUGGGGCGACUGGAGCCUGUACACUACCUCCCCUCUCCGUGCUGGCAGGGAACCUAGAAUUGCCCGAAACUUCUUCGGGGGAGACUCCACUAGCUAUGCCAGCUUCGACCCUGCGAAGGAACUUGGUGUGCAGGAUCCUAUCGGAUUUUGGGACCCGCUUGGCUUGAGCGCGGACAAGGAUGAGGCAACCUUCAAGCGCCGUCGUGCUGUGGAGAUCAAGCACGGCCGCAUUGCCAUGUAUGCAACCAUUGGUUACAUCGUUCCGGAAUACUACAAGUUCCCAGGAUACCUUUCACCAUCUCUUGGGCUUAAGUUUGCCGAUGUGCCAAAUGGCCUUGCAGCGUUGUCCAAGCUGCCAGUGCUUGGCGGUGCCCAGAUCAUUGCCUUCGCUGGUUUGAUUGAGACAACUGGGUUCUUCCAGGCAGCUUCCACCACGGAUGGACGCGGCCCUCGUGAGGGUCAGUUCAGCAUGAAGGAUUCCACUGAGACAGGCGAGCCAGGCAACUACGGCGUCGGAUUUCCCACCUUUUUGGGCAAGGUUGAGGACCCUGAAGCGCGCAAGACCAAACUCGCUGCCGAGUUGGCUAAUGGACGACUUGCAAUGAUGGCGAUCAUUGGGAUGUUCUUCCAAGAUGGAUUGACCGGUUCUGCUUGGGGCGAUUGGAGCCUGUACACUACCUCCCCUCUCCGUGCUGGCAGGGAACCUAGAAUUGCCCGAAACUUCUUCGGGGGAGACUCCACUAGCUAUGCCAGCUUCGACCCUGCGAAGGAACUUGGUGUGCAGGAUCCUAUCGGAUUUUGGGACCCGCUUGGCUUGAGCGCGGACAAGGAUGAGGCAACCUUCAAGCGCCGUCGUGCUGUGGAGAUCAAGCACGGCCGCAUUGCCAUGUAUGCAACCAUUGGUUACAUCGUUCCGGAAUACUACAAGUUCCCAGGAUACCUUUCACCAUCUCUUGGGCUUAAGUUUGCCGAUGUGCCAAAUGGCCUUGCAGCGUUGUCCAAGCUGCCAGUGCUUGGCGGUGCCCAGAUCAUUGCCUUCGCUGGUUUGAUUGAGACAACUGGGUUCUUCCAGGCAGCUUCCACCACGGAUGGACGCGGCCCUCGUGAGGGUCAGUUCAGCAUGAAGGAUUCCACUGAGACAGGCGAGCCAGGCAACUACGGCGUCGGAUUUCCCACCUUUUUGGGCAAGGUUGAGGACCCUGAAGCGCGCAAGACCAAACUCGCUGCCGAGUUGGCUAAUGGACGACUUGCAAUGAUGGCGAUCAUUGGGAUGUUUUUUCAGGACGGCCUGACUGGCUCGGCCUGGGGCGACUGGAGCCUCUACACCGCCUCCCCCCUGCGUGCAGAGGCUGCAGAGGUUGAUGAGCCGCCAAAGCCACCACCUUUCGACCCUGCCAAGCAGGUGGGCGCCAUGGAGCCCUUGGGUUUCUUUGACCCAGCAGGUUUCUCCAAAGUUGGUGACAAGGAAGGCUUCCAAAAUCUUAGAGCUGCAGAGAUCAAGCACGGAAGAGUUGCCAUGAUGGCAGCUCUUGGUGCCGUUGCCCAGCACUACAUCAAAUUCCCGGGCUUUGAAACUGUGCCUGCGGGAAUCGGUGCUGUCACCACGCCCCCUGGCACUUAUGGCUUCGCGGCUCUGUUCCUCUUGUCUGGCGCAAUGGAGCUGGCAGUUUGGACCCAGGACCCCAACAAGGAGGCCGGAGACUUUGGAGACCCCUUGGGCCUGGGCCAGUACAACGAGGAGUUCCGCAACAAGGAGAUCAACAACGGCCGCUUCGCGAUGUUUGCUGCAAUUGGCAUCAUCUCUGCUGAUCUGCUGACGGGAAAGGAUGCCAUCCAGCAGUUCGGAUAAAUUCUUCCCUGCGCAUGGCGGCCGCUGAAUGCAUACACGUGGAUAUUGAAAGGGAGAAUUGAAAGGGCGUGCGGCGUGCGGUGCAUGGAGGACAGUAGAUGUACAGGAGUGGUGAAACCAUGUGAAACCAAUUUUCGGUAUUGGCUUUUGGCCAGGCGUGUUUCAGAUGAACAUAGUCUGGCACGUUGUACAGCAGGCACACUUGUGCAGCUUGCUAUUUCUGUAGUUAAUGUUCUGCAGCCGC